UUCUAGCCAUCUUGGCGAUAUCGAGCCCAAGUGUCGAGUACUCGCACAGCUCGUUCUACCCUACCGACGAGGCGAGAUUGUGGUGCAAGCCUACAACGUACUGCUUAGCCUCGGCCACUUGCUGGCUGCCGCUCCCGGGGGAGCCGCAGAAGUCGAGGAAGCCUGGAGGCCAGAGGCGGUGCUUCUGCAGGAGAACGACUGUCUACAUGCAGUCUGUGCCCGCAAGUUGGCGAGUGUCCAGCUACGCCUAAAGACAGGGGAUAAAGGCAUCCGACCGCAAAAGGAAGUUAGUCUGUCGCAUAUCAAUCGUCUGAUGGCUCAUCAACUUGCGGGACUUUUGCAGAUUAGGAAACUAUCCUAG